AUGCAUCUUAAAUUUUUCUUUCAUUUCUUGGAAUGCAACCCAAGCCUGAUCCCGUAUCCCACCGCCCCAGGCGUUGAGGUCCAGUCACUCACAGCGGUGCCGGUGACCAACUUCAGCCGCAACAUCGACGAGCAAUAUGUUUCGCACUAUCCCCAAAACCUCACGUCUCUCAACUUUUGCAACGUCAGCAUCAGUUACACCCACCCAGGACAAGGCGAUACUGUCAAUAUCCAGAUCUGGCUUCCCGAUUCCUGGAACGGGAGGUUCCUCGGGACCGGUGGUGGAGGCUUUGCGGGAGGCGAAAUCCAGCGCGGCGCACUUGCGCUUGGAGUAUCGCAGGGAUACGCGACCGUGGCCACAGAUGGUGGGCAUGAUCGAUCUUUCGGCGUUGCAACAGCCCCCUGGGCCCAGGUAUCACCCUUCAAUGUGGACCAGUACGCCUUGCAUAACUUUGCGUCAAUGUCCCUACUCGAUAUGACGGUGCUCGGCAAAUCUUUGACCACAACCUUUUAUGGCUCUGAGCCUCGAUACAGCUACUGGAAUGGUUGCUCGACAGGUGGAAGGCAAGGCUUUAUGCUUGCCCAACGAUAUCCAGGAUCGUACGACGGCAUCCUAGCUGCUGCGCCGGGGAUUAACUGGGAUCGAAUGCUCCCCGCUACUGUGUAUCCGCAGAUGAUGAUGAACAAUCUCAGCUAUUACCCCAGCGCAUGCGAACUCAACGCGAUAUCAUCCGCCAUAGUCGCGGCGUGUGAUGGGGAUGAUGGCGCCGAGGAUGGCAUCUUGUCUGCACCAUGGCUAUGCAACUUCAACUAUAGUUCAAUUGUCGGUACCACUGUCACCUGUGAGGAUGGAGAUACUCUUGAUAUCACCUCGGCUGGGGUGCAGAUUGCUGAAAGCGCAUACAAUGGCCCCCAGUCCUCGUCGGGCGAGCAACUUUGGUUCGGACCUUCGCCCGGCAGCCCCCUGACUGUGGCGACUGGUUUGGCUGUCACUACUUGCACGGGCAACCAAAACUGCACUGGGGCUCCCAAUCCCAUCGGAUAUGACUGGGUGCGCCUAUUCGUGGACAGGGAUCCCGAUUUCACUUUGGACUCUGUGUCGACGCAGGAGCAGUUCGAGCGCCUCUUCCAUGCUAGCGCGCAGCAGUAUCUUUCAAUCAUUGGUACUUCGGAUCCUGACCUGAGCGCCUUCAAGGCAACUGGCGGGAAGAUCAUUACCUGGCACGGCCUAAUGGACGAGAUUGUUCCCUCAAAGGGCACCACGGAUUACUACAGCCGGGUUGAGGCCCUAGACCCAGAUGUCAGGUCAUUCUUCAAGCACUUCGAGGCUCCAGGCGUGGAGCACUGCUAUCUGGGGGUCGGUCCAUUUCCAGGAGAGACUCUUCAGGCUUUAGUCAGAUGGGUUGAGGACGGGGAAUCUCCAGAGGUCCUACCUGCAAGGAGUGAAGCAACCGACGGGACAGUGCGGCGACGUAAUUUGUGCCCUUGGCCAUUGGAAGCUCUGUACAAAGGGGGGGAUCCCGCACUAGCAGAAUCCUUCGAGUGUGGUACUGGUGAGGCUUAG